AUGUCGCUCAGCCCUGUCAGCGGGACCGGUCGAUCCGCAAUGGCUAUCACAACCAUCAAGAUUGACGGUAUGACCUGCGGCGCAUGUACCUCUGCAGUCGAAGGCGCAUUUAAGGGGGUAGAAGGUGCCCAGGAUGUCUCCGUUAGUCUCAUUAUGGGCAGGGCUGCCGUGCAACAUGAUCCCUCUGUAUUACCGCCAGCAAAAAUCGCAGAGAUGAUCGAAGACUGCGGCUUCGAUGCGGCUGUACUGUCGACCGACGAGAAAACGAACCCCGAUGUCACUCAUGCUAAGCAAAUCUCGGUUACCAAACUGGCGGUUGAAGGUAUGACAUGUGGUGCAUGCACAUCUGCAGUGGAAAGUGGACUGAAAGAUGUCACUGGUGUAAAGUCGGUGGAUGUAUCACUCCUUUCUGAGCGCGCGGUCGUGGAACAUGACACCCAGCACAUCACAGCGGAGCAGAUUGCAGAGAUCAUCGAGGAUCGAGGAUUUGGGGCCCGAGUAUUGGAUACAUCCGUGGCCGGGCCCCAAGCAUCAACAUCGGCCGAGUCGGACGAGAAGUCUGGGAUUUUAGUCACGACUGUGGCUAUUGGAGGCAUGACCUGCGGCGCGUGUACAUCCAGUGUCGAAGGUGCCCUGAAUACCGUGGACGGGGUGAUCCAAUUCAACAUCAGCCUGUUGGCCGAGCGCGCGGUCGUUGUUCAUGACUCAACAAUAAUCUCCGCCGAAAAAAUCCCAGAUCUUAUCGAAGAUGCCGGAUUUGAUGCCUCGGUUGUGUCAUCAGAGGCGCAGGUUCCCUUAUCAAAGAAGACGCAACAAGUGAACUUGAGUUUGCAUGGCCUGCGGGACAGUGCUUCUGCAAUUGCAUUGGAAGACAAACUUGCACAGCAACCUGGCAUUCACUCGGCAUCCAUCAAGAUGGCGACGUCGCAGUUGCUGGUUGCAUUUGAUUCGGCUAUCAUCGGUAUUCGGUCUGUGGUGGACGUGAUCGAAGCCGCUGGCUACAAUGCCUUGCUGGUUGACUCUGAUGACACCAAUGCACAGCUGGAAUCCUUGUCAAAAACCAAAGAAAUCCAAGACUGGAAAAGAUCAUUCAUUACUGCUGUCGCCUUUGCAGUCCCUGUUUUCUUUAUCAGCAUGAUACUCCCAAUGUACUUACCCAGCCUCGACUUCGGCAAUUUCGAGCUGAUCCCCGGCCUCUACCUUGGCGAUGUGAUAUGUCUCUGUCUGACGAUCCCAGUACAGUUUGGGAUCGGCAGACGCUUUUACGUUUCCAGCUUCAAGUCAUUGAAGCAUCGUUCCCCAACUAUGGACGUGCUUGUGAUACUGGGAACGUCGGCCGCCUUCUUCUACAGCUGUUUCACCAUGCUGAUGGCACUCUGCAGCAUGAAGCACAUGCGUCCCAGUACAGUGUUCGAUACCAGCACUAUGCUGAUCACAUUCGUCACCUUAGGGCGUUGGCUGGAGAACAGAGCCAAGGGUCAGACAUCUGCUGCCUUGUCUCGUCUCAUGUCACUGACUCCAUCUAUGACCACGAUCUAUGAAGAUCCCAUUGCAGCAGAAAAGCUUGCAGAGCGCUGGGCCACUAAGCCCACGCCUGGCACGUACCAACAACCGGCUUUGACGGAAGACAUGACUGUGGGCCACAAAUGCAUCCCCACCGAGCUCAUUCAAGUUGGCGAUAUUGUCAUUCUCCUCCCUGGAGAUAAAGUAUCUGCCGAUGGUCUGGUGAUCCGCGGCGAAAGUUAUGUCGACGAGAGCAUGAUUAGCGGAGAAGCCCUCCCAAUCCACAAGACGAAAGGAAGCCAGGUCGUUGCUGGUACAGUGAACGGCACAAAUUCAAUCGACUUCAAAGUCACCCGUGCUGGCAAGGAUACUCAAUUGAGUCAGAUUGUCAAGCUGGUUCAAGAUGCACAAACCAGCCGUGCCCCUAUUCAGCGUAUGGCUGAUAUCGUUGCUGGCUAUUUUGUUCCCGCCAUCAUCAGUCUUGGAUUGAUCACGUUCUUUGGCUGGAUGUUCCUCAGUCACAUACUGCCUCACCCACCGAUGAUCUUCGAGGUCCCGGACAGUGGUGGCCGGGUUAUGGUCUGUCUGAAACUAUGUAUUUCAGUCAUCGUAUUUGCAUGUCCCUGCGCCCUCGGACUCAGUACUCCAACCGCAGUCAUGGUUGGCACUGGAGUCGGCGCAGAGCAAGGUAUUCUUGUCAAAGGAGGCGCCGUCCUGGAAGCCGCCACCAAGGUUACCCACGUUGUCUUUGACAAGACUGGAACUCUGACGACUGGCAAGAUGAGCGUUGCCCACACUCGCAUUGAGCCCCAAUGGACAAUGAAUGACUGGCGCCGCCAACUCUGGUGGCUCAUUGUAGGUCUCGCAGAGACCGGCAGUGAACACCCAAUUGGCAAGGCGAUUCUCUCUGCGGCGAUGACUGAGUCGGGACACCCUGGAGAGGACGGAUUGCCCGGCAUCAUGGGUGACUUUGAUAAUUGUGUCGGCAAGGGCAUUUUCGCCAUCGUCGAACCAACCUCUACUGGGGAGCGCAUUCAGCACCAAGUCCUCCUUGGAAACGCUGAUUUCCUCCGAUCAAAGGAUGUCUCUGUACCUGCAGAUGCGGAACCGGACUCUUUGGCGUCUGGAUCUGCGGUCGCCGAAGACCGGGAUACCAAUACUCCGAAGCCUGUUGGCAUCGGUUCUGGUAUCACACGCAUUCACGUUGCCAUCGACAAUCGCUAUGCCGGUACCAUAUCCCUCCGCGACACAGUAAAGGACACAGCAAGAGCAGCCGUGGCAGCCCUACAUCGCAUGGGUAUCUCAACCUCAAUGGUAACAGGCGACACGCUUUCAACAGCGACAGCGAUCGCCACAGCCGUGGGAAUCCCUAAAGCUUCAAUCCGCGCCUCCGUUUUACCAUCUGAAAAACGCGAAAUUGUCUCCUCCCUCCAAGCAGGAGGCGAGCGUGUUGCUAUGGUCGGCGACGGUAUUAACGACUCCCCAGCACUGGCGACAGCCUCGGUUGGCAUUGCGCUGGCAUCUGGAACCGACGUCGCAGUUGAGGCAGCCGAUAUUGUACUCAUGCGUCCGGAUGACCUCCUCUCCGUGCCAGCCAGUUUAUCACUCUCUCGCUCUGUCUUCACCCGUAUCAAGUUGAACUUAAUCUGGGCUUGUCUAUACAACAUCAUCGGCCUGCCAUUCGCCAUGGGUCUAUUCCUCCCUUUCACUGGCUUCAUGCUACCUCCCAUGGCAGCAGGUGCUGCCAUGGCCUUGUCAAGUGUCUCGGUCGUCGUCAGCAGUCUACUUCUCAAGCUCUGGCGCCGCCCAUCCUGGAUGCAGACUGAACGCCUUGAAAAAGAGCUGCGCUCUGGUGUGAUCUCUGCGGCUAACAUUCGGCGCAAACAUUCUCGCCAGGUGAGCUGGUGGACUCCUGCGACCAUCUUUUCGGACAAUCCGCGCUCUUUGCGGCGCCGGAUCGGUGGCAUUGGCUCUUCACUUUGGUCUCUUGUUACUGGAAAGCCGCGAGCCGUUGGAGGAGACGAGGGCUAUGUUCCGUUGCAGACGGUUGAACCGCCUGUCUGA